AGAAAAUAUUUGCUGCGUGACUACAAUCUCGCUCUAUCUUGUUUGUCAUUACUUUACCUUCUAUAACAGAUCAUAGAACAUUGGAAGAGUAAAACGAAACCAUAGUUUAGAGGACCCACUGGAAUCUAGGAAGAUGGUUGUUAAAAAUUCAGAGGACGUUGAAAUGAAAGAUGUUUCAGAAGCAUCAACAAGCAACAAACAAGAUGAUUCAAAGAAGGAAGAGGAAAAGAAAGACCCAGAGCUCCUUACUCUGGAAGACAUCAAAGAGCAAGUGCGACACAUUGAGAAGGCUGUGGCAACAAAAGAACCGCGGUUCAUGUCAAGAGUUGUGCGUGGUUUGAUGUCCAUACGCAGAAAGCUGAAUCCGAGAAUUCUCCGAUCGUUGAUGAAAGGAUAUUUCACUGCUCAAAACAUUGCCAAUAAGGAGGAGCUGUUACCAUUUUUGGCAGAUGGACAGAGUGAGGGAAUGAAUGGUGUCUCUGGGACGUUCAGACCUCGUUCUGGCAAGUUGGCAUCUGCUCCGAUUGUUCCUGAGAUUGAAAUCUACAUCCACCUCCUGGUUCUCAUCUACCUCAUCGACACGAAGCAGAAUGAGCGGGCUGUUGAGUGUUCUGAGCUGCUCAUGAAGAAACUGGCCCUGCUUAACAGAAGGACAAUGGACAUGCUUUCUGCCAAGUGUUACUUUUACUACUCCCGUGCCUAUGAACUCACAAACAAACUGGAGCAGAUCAGGACAUACCUUCAUGCAAGACUGAGGACAGCCACACUACGAUGUGACCAUGAAGGCCAGGCCAGCCUGCUGAAUCUCCUGUUGAGAAAUUACCUCCACUACAACUUGUUUGAGCAAGCAGACAAACUGGUGUCAAAGUCGAAUUUCCCUGAUAGUGCCUCGAACAACGAAUGGGCAAGGUUUCUCUUUUAUUUAGGUCGUAUCAAGGCUGCCCAACUGGAGUACUCUGACGCCCACAAACAUUUGCUGCAGGCAAUGAGGAAAGCCCCACAGCACAGCGCUGUUGGAUUUAAGCAGACGGUCCAGAAGCUGGCAAUCACAGUGGAGCUACUUCUGGGAGAGAUCCCUGACAGGUCGGUGUUCCGACAGCCGCCCAUGAGGAAGACACUGGCUCCUUACUUCCAGCUGACUCAAGCUGUGAGGGGCGGAAACUUGCAGAAGUUUAAUGAAACUCUGGCGACCUUUGGCACUAAGUUCCAGGCAGAGAACACCUAUACUCUGAUUGUUCGUUUGCGCCAUAACGUCAUUAAGACUGGUGUGCGUAUGAUCAGCAUCAGUUACUCACGCAUCUCCCUGUCGGACAUCGCUCACCGCCUGGCCCUGGACAGCCCAGAGGAUGCUGAGUUCAUUGUGGCUAAGGCGAUCAGAGACGGCGUCAUUGAGGCGACCAUCGACCACGAGCAUGGCUACGUUCAGUCCAAGGAGACGGGGGAUGUGUACAGCACCAAGGAGCCCAUGGCCGCCUUCCACCAGAGGAUCAGUUUCUGUCUGGACAUCCACAACCAGUCUGUCAAGGCCAUGCGCUUCCCACCAAAGUCCUACAACAAAGACCUUGAAUCGGCUGAGGAACGCCGGGAGAGGGAGCAACAGGAGCUCGAGAGCGCGAAAGAAAUAGCGGAGGAGGAUUUUGACGGCUUCCCGUAAAUCUGCUCUGUGACUGCACGUCUGGACAGAAGAAUCUUUUGCCUCUUUUGGCUUGAUGGGUGACAGUGCUUCUUGACUGAGCGAGCGAAUCGUGGAUAUUUUAUGGAGAAUUUUGUUUUUCUUUGAAGGGAGAGGGGAGGAGGGGGGGUAUGACUAAGAGAUAACUUCACGAAGAAGUAAAAGAAAAAAAAUGUGUGAAUUAGGGGUAAUGUACAUUUUCUUGAUGUACGAUGAAAGGUGAAUGACAAAUGAAAGGUGAAGAAGCACUAUUGUAUGAUAUAUUAUGUGAAGUCCAUGCUUCAUUAUUUUGGUAUUUUCUUUAUGUCACAUUUCUUUACGUAUGUGUGAAUGAUUUGUUCUCUCGUUCCAAAUGUUAGACAGAUGAAUGAAUAAAUGGCGAGUGUUUUGCAAAACGUCAUUGGCACAUCUUUGGGCAACUGGAAGGCUUUUAUGUUAAACACCUUUUGUGCCAGCAGUUUUUCCAGUACUGGUAUAUAUACGCUUUGAAUGGUCGAUUGUCGAAAAGAUUGCAGUCGUGUUGGUUUUGUAGACAGAUUGAACAAAAUUGAUUUUGUUAAAACUGUUGGAGUUUAAAGCCGAGCUUACAGGCAUUGUUUCAAAGGCAAGGAUGUGUGCAGGUAGUGGGGACAUGUUUUUGAAUUCCACUCAAAAUUUGUCUCCCAUGACGCUGGUACGUUGUGGUUUCUCUAGAAUCUUUCGUAACAAAUUAUGCGCAUAAAGCUAGAGCAAGUUUUAUUUUAAGCAUUUUUCAUCUGAAGUUUGUCAUUUGUUUAUGUCUUUGUCAAUGGAAAUAAUGUUUUCUUGAACCUGCACUUAUCAAACUCCUGUCUUGGUAAUGUUUGCAGACUAUAUUAUUGUUGUUGAAUUUUGGAAAAAAUCUUGCAUAGAUCUAGUACCGGGUGGUUAAGUAGAUUGGAGGGGAAAAAAUUGCCUCGUCCAGAAAUUUUUUUCACGUGAUCUAUUGUGUGAAUGGUUUUGUACCAAGGUUGGUAUAGUGAUGUAAUAUUGUGUGUGAUUCAUGUGCAGGAUGUUUGUGUACCCUUGUAUUGUUCCUUUAUGUGCAUGAGUGCUGAUUCAUGGUAAAUGUUUGUUUUGUUUUGUUCUUUGCUUUGAAUAUUUGAACAUCAUUAAAGAAUGUGAUUUUAAUUAUUUA